AGCGAAGAAGCAGGCAUCAGUUAAGAUCAACAGGUCUUUUGCUCUUCUUCGAUUCCCAAAUCGCAAUCCCAGCACCGGUUAACCAUGGCAUUCAAGUUUGUUCUCUUCGUCGCCAGUGCAGUAUUCGCCUCAGCGAACGCUGGCUACACCGUGACAUCCGGUUCCGACAACACCUACAGGAGCCCAGGAAACUUGGCCCAGGUUUCGACCCAAUCGAAGACCAUUGACACGCCAUUUUCGAGCAGCAGCAAAACCGACGUUCGUGUAAGCAACCCCUCGGUGUACUAUUCUGCACAGCCUGCCGCGUAUGCCGCUGCUGCUGCACCGAUCUACGAAAACCACCAUACCAAGUUGGCCUACGCAGCAGUACCCCAAGCAACUGUAAACUACGCAGCUGCACCAGUUACCCAUACCCAGGCAUACUACCCUCAACAAUACGCCACCUACCAGAGCUACGCCGCCCCUGCGACUUACCCGGCUGCCCAGCAAGUUUACGCUGCACCUUCCACUGGCCUCAUCACUAAAACUGCGUAUACUGCACCCGCCACCUAUCAAGUCGCUCAACAUGCUCCAGUUGCUUAUGCAGCACCGACAGCGUUUGCCCAUACCGCCCCAGCUACACCCCUCGUCAAAAUUGCUUACUCCCCAGCCAACGAAGUGGCUCACUUCGCCUACAGCAAUGUCAAUGACCACAUCAACUAUGCCUGGUAAUUCGGCCACGUGUCAACCGACCGGCGAUCCUUCCACUAAUUAGUGAUCCACCAGCAUUUUUCCAUAGAGAAAACAAUCAUUGGCCAUUACCGGCGUAUUUACCUUCAUCCUUAUGCCAGAAGUUACAUGCAUUUUGUACAAAGUUUUCAAUCAUUUUGCGAUUGUCUUUUAGUGAGAUUAUUAAUGUAUAAUAAAGAUGCGAUUAAUGGGAAUUUAUU